UCUGGGGCUUCCUUGGCCCGCGCUGUUCCAAACAAGGAUCUGGCCACUCAGGCAAAAGAAAAUGGAUGGGACUAAAAAUUUCCAAAUCCAGAAGACGGGUGUGGCUCAAAGCCCUGCAGGCCAGGGGACAGACAGAGAAGAAGACAACGGCAACGUGAAUGAGCUAGCUCUAGCAUUAGUGAAGAGGGCCGUCCACGCGGCUCUUAAGACUCUGGAAGAAGCUGAACAGCCCAUCAAAAACAUCAACUGGAUCACACACGGUGAAUUCACAGCAGAAAGGGGCCGUAAACAAAUUGAGGAGUUCGUUCUGACUUGGGAGUAUCAAGACCGCUGGGUGCACUACACAGAGUUUAUAGAGAGGGAAGACUUGGUUCACAGCUACCACUACAUCUACUGUGUCCGCUGGAGCGCCCCCACCGCUAACAGACCCAUGCUCCAAGUCAGUGCCUCUGCCUACUUCACCGUCAAGAUCACCAAAAACAAACCUCCAGAUAUGCCCAUUGAGGUCUUUUAUAUCUUUGAGGGCCUUUCGUUAGUUCACAGGUAAUGAACAUUUGGAGACUUUUUUUUUUUUUUGUAAUCUCUACCCGCAACAUGGGGCUAGAAUAAUGGCCUCAAGAUCAAGAGCUGCAUGCUGACUGAGCCAGCCAGGCGCCCCUGGAGACUUAUUUUUUUUUUUAAAGAUUUUAUUUAUUUAUUUGACAGAGAU